GCAGGCCGGGUCGGUGCGUGCGCGGGCGGCGCCUCGGCCUCCGAGAGCCCCGGGCCGCGCGGGGUCGCGCGGGCAUGGCGGCCUCCCUGUGGAUGGGGGACCUGGAGCCCUACAUGGAUGAGAACUUUAUCUCCAGAGCCUUCGCCACCAUGGGAGAGACCGUUCUGAGCGUUAAAAUCAUCCGCAACAGGCUCACUGGGAUCCCUGCCGGCUACUGCUUUGUGGAAUUUGCAGAUCUGGCAACAGCCGAGAAGUGUCUGCACAAAAUCAAUGGAAAGCCCCUCCCUGGAGCCACACCAGCAAAACGUUUUAAACUGAACUACGCCACCUAUGGGAAACAACCGGACAAUAGCCCUGAGUACUCGCUCUUCGUAAGGGACCUCAGUCCAGAUGUGGAUGAUGGCAUGCUCUAUGAAUUCUUUGUUAAAGUGUACCCCUCGUGUCGAGGAGGCAAGGUGGUCCUGGACCAGGCAGGAGUCUCCAAGGGUUAUGGCUUCGUGAAAUUCACAGAUGAGCUGGAACAGAAGCGGGCCCUGACUGAGUGCCAAGGGGCAGUGGGGCUAGGCUCGAAGCCAGUACGCCUGAGCGUGGCUAUCCCCAAGGCGAACAGAGUGAAACCCAUGGAAUACAGCCAGAUGUACAGCUAUAGUCUCAACCAGUAUUAUCAGCAGUACCAGAACUACUACGCACAGUGGGGUUACGACCAGAACACCGGCAGCUACAGCUACAGCUACCCUCAGUACGGCUACACCCAGAGCACCAUGCAGACAUAUGAAGAAGUCGGGGACGAUGCAUUGGAAGACCCAACGCCCCAGCUGGAUGUGAACGAAGCCAACAAAGAGUUCAUGGAACAGAGUGAGGAGCUCUACGAUGCUAUGAUGAACUGUCACUGGCAGCCUUUGGACACUGUCUCAUCAGAGAUCCCCGCUGUGAUGUAGCCCAGCCCUCUGCAGUGACUAUGGGAAGAGGGCCAGAGGAACAUUGGAAACUUUUAACCUUUUUGGAAUGUAAUUUAUAAAAUUUUAAUAAUAUUUGCUCAAAUAGCAGAUACACUCCAAUUGACAUUGAAGGGAGGAAAAGAGGCCUUCCAGUCUUCCUACAGGAAUGGGCUCCUCUCUUCACAAUGGGGGCCCUGGGGGCAAGCCUGCAGCCCACCUCAGAAAAGAAGUCAAAGCCCAGCCUAGGAGACUAGCGGCUCUCUAAGCCAUAAAAUGGCUGCUUCUGGGCUUUCCUGGGGAAAGGGGAGUAGGAAAUAGUUGAAGGAUGUUCUACUUGGAACACCUGGUGGAUGAAGCUCCUUGGAUUAUGAGGAAUGGACAAGGUUGACUUUGAGGUAACUUAUCAGAUGUAUCUCCCCCAACAGGCUCCAAGGAAACAUGCCAUGUUGUGUGUGCCUCCCUGUAAUGAACUUGGACUCUUGUCCAAUAAUAAAAAGUUGCCCAUUAAAGUUUCCAGUAUUUGGGUAA